CUAAGGUGCAAGCGCUGAUAACCUCUGGCCAGCUGUCGCUGCACUGCGUUUGCAUAUUUAUAGUUGCAGCCAUAAUUGGCCACAAUCAGGCGCGUCAAUAGUUUGACGUCGUUCCUUGAUUUUCGUGAUGUAAUCAAAUGUGCGCUGCGAGAAGCGUGUAACGGCCGUUUGGGUGCCAGGGCUGCGCAGCCUGCUCCUACCGGCUGUUUUGCAAAUCGAUCUUUUCGAUAGGCGGCAACUCCACUCUCUAAGUGUGAACGUAUUUCCACAAAGUGUGGCCAUACCAAUCGAAUUGAAUUGUUUACAUCCGCAAAAGACAAAAACCCAGCCAUGGAUCCGGCCAUUAUUGAGUUUAUUGGUGAAAAGUGCAUGAUUAGCAUAAUUCCCAACUUCUCCAACGAGCCGCUGCAUCUGAUCUAUGGCUCGGUGGGCCCAUUCCGUGCCGGCUUCCCAGUUUUCGUGCCCCUGUGGAUGGCAACGCAUUUGCGAAAGCAACAAAAGUGCCGCAUAGUGCCACCCGAAUGGAUGGACAUGGACACACUCGAGGACAUCAAAGAAGAAGAGAAACGCUCCAAAUUCUUUACCAAAAUGCCAUCCGAGCAUUAUAUGGUUGUGGCCCAAUUGGUCAUGAGCACUGCGCCGGACGAUGUGCCCCGCUGCGAGGAGCUGCGCACCGUCAUCAAGGAUAUAUUUGACAUUCGCGAGUCGAAGUUGCGCACCUCCAUCGAUGCCUUCAUCAAGGGCGAGGGCACAUACGCCAAGCUGGAUAACCUGACGCUCCUGGAAAUACACAGCGUCCGUCCCAUUCUGCCCUACUCCCUCGAUCACAUAGCGCGCUACCAGCGAACGGCCACAGCCUCCCAGCGUGACACCUCAAUGCUGAGUGCAUCGAUUGCUGGCUCGACCACGGCCCCAGCAAGCAAUUCGCUCUUUUCGCAGUGAUGGCAGGCAUUUUUUUUUCAUAUUUCUAAACUAAACUAAUGAACUAUAAGUAGAUAACAGAUCACAGAAUGAGAUACCAAAAACUG